AUGGUGGAUGAUUUGAAGAAGAAAGGCUCUUUCACAAAUUGCAUGGCUAUUUCUGACGUAUCAGGGUCUAUGGAAGGUGAACCAAUGGAGGUUGCUGUUGCUUUGGGUUUGCUUGUGUCUGAGUUAUCUCAAAAGCCAUGGAAAGGGAAGAUGAUAACUUUCACCCAUAAACCAGAGGUGAAAGGGAAAGAUUUGAAGUCAAAAACAAGGUUUGUAAAGAACAUGGAGUGGGGAAUCAAUACUGAUUUUCAGAAAGUGUUUGAUCUGAUUCUAAAGGUUGCUGUUGAUGGGAAGUUGAAAUCGGAGGAUAUGAUUAAGAGGGUUUUUGUAUUUAGUGAUAUGGAGUUUGACCAAGCUUCUUGUUCUCCUUGGGAAACGGAUUAUAAGAGGAUUGUGAGCAAGUAUAGAGAGAAAGGGUAUGGAGGAGUUGUGCCAGAGAUUGUGUCUUGGAACUUGAGAGACACGACGUCAACUCCGGUCAUGGGAAGACAAAAAGGAGUGGCGUUGGUGAGUGGCUUUUCCAAGAAUUUGAUUAAAGUGUUUUUGGAUCGUGAUAGAGAGAUUGAUCCGGUCAUGAUCAUGGAAGAUGUUAUAUCUGGUGUAGAGUAUAGUAAGCUUGUUGUAAUUGAUUGA